AUGGCCCCUCGAACCAUUUCUCUUAUCGCUUUUCGCAACUCCCCUUCCCAACGUGCCCACUUUGCAAUAUUCGUCCCUUCUGCGUCCAACGCUGAGUUCGGAACUCUGAUCCACGUUAUUGGCGCUCCCAUGGCUGGUUAUCAACUCGAGUUUAAGCGGGGUUAUAAUCUAGCCACAACUCACCAGCUGUAUACCCAAGUUUCGAUCGGGGGGAUCGAUUCGCAACACAUUUCUGAUCUCCCCGCUAAUCUGUCCGCUGGUAUUGCAAUCAAAGACUCCAUUCCCAAGUGUUCGAUGGAAGUUGCAGCAACCCAGGUUCUUCCACCGCGCAUCAGUGAAAACUUUCUAGCUCCCGUUAACGAUACUACCAACAGGAGAUGUCAAGAGUGGACCAUGGACUAUGUUCGCCGUUUAGUCAGUCUCGGGUAUAUCGACCAAAGCGCAAUUCAGAUUGUGCAGUCCGAACGUGACCCCCCAACUCAUGGAGUUGGUCUAAAUCCUGCUGGAGCGGGACGGGGCCGAGGCCGAGGCCAGUGA